AACAAACAUAAGCUAAACAGAAGCAAUGAUAGUGCACGAGAGACUAACCUAAGAAGUAUUUUCUCUUUGCUCAAUUUCCUCUGCAGCAGACCUUGUUCAUUUCUAGAAGUUCCGUAAUUGCUAUACAGCGACCCUUCACUUCAUAUAUGUUUGGUCCUCUUUACAAAACUUCAGGUUUACUAACACCAUAGAUUAAAAGCCUCACCACAUUUUUGCAGCAUAUGGUCUCAGCUUCCCACCAGGUCUCUGCCGUAUUGGUGGUGCUGUGAACUAUCUCAGUGAUGGUAGGCGGGGAACUCUACUAAGAAUAUUUGGGGGUUGAAGUCAAUAUUCCACAAAACUCAUAAAAUUGAGACCAUUUAGGCUAUGUGAUCCCAACACCAUAUGACAUGUGCAUUAGCUCAUCAAGUGAACACUAAUGCACAUUCAUGCUUCUAUAAAGAACCCACACAUACACUAAGCUGAUUCCUCAACAACACCCAAAGCCACUGAAACAAGGCAACAAGAUGAAUUCAAACUCUUCAGUUUUCUCCCUGUUUCUUUUCAUCUUGUUAUCAUCUUCAUUGGCACUACCACCAUCUUCAAAACAAAAUAGUUUUCUCCAAUGCCUCUCAUAUCAUUCUAAAGCUUCUAUUCCAUUCUCUAGUACCUUUUUCACUCCAGACAGUUCAGCAUUCACUACCGUCCUAAAUUCAACAGCACAAAACCUCAGGUACUUGGUCCCAUCAAAACCAAAGCCAGAGUUCAUUUUCACACCAACGCAUGACUCCCAAGUUCAAUAUGCUGUAAUUUGUUCAAAACAGCUUGGGAUACAUCUCAGGGUCCGAAGCGGAGGGCAUGAUUACGAAGGUCUCUCAUAUGUGUCCCAAAUUGAAACACCUUUCAUUAUCGUAGACCUUGCCAAGCUUCGGUCAGUUAAUGUUGAUAUCCGAGCCAAUAGUGCAUGGAUUCAAGCUGGAGCAACUAUAGGUGAAGUUUACUACAGAAUUGCACAGAAAAGCAGAAACCAUGGCUUUCCAGCAGGUCUUUGCACGAGCUUAGGAGUGGGAGGCCAUAUAACUGGAGGUGCAUAUGGUACUAUGAUGAGGAAAUAUGGCCUUGCAGCUGAUAACGUCCUGGAUGCCAGAAUAGUUGAUGUCAACGGCAGAAUUCUUAACCGAAAGACCAUGGGAGAAGACCUGUUUUGGGCAAUCCGAGGUGGUGGAGGAGCAAGCUUUGGAGUCAUCCUGUGGUGGAAGAUAAAGUUGGUUCCUGUUCCAUCAACUGUGACAGUUUUUACAGUUGCCAAGACCUUGGAACAAGGUGCCACAAAGCUGCUUCACAUAUGGCAACAAGUAGCUGCAACUAAGCUCGAUAAAGAUCUCAAUAUAAGAGUUUUGAUACAACCAACAGUACUUGACAGCAAAAGUGGCAAGAGAACUGUCACAACUCUUUACCAAGGUCAAUUCCUAGGAGGUGUUAAAAGGCUCCUCAAUGUUAUGCAAACUGGGUUCCCCGAACUGAAUUUGACAAGAAAAGAUUGUACACAAACAAGCUGGCUCAACUCUGUGAUGUACAUAGCAGGUUAUGCAACUGGAACUCGGCCUGAGGUUUUGCUUCAAGGGAAACCCACGUUCAAGAACUACUUCAAAUCAAAAUCAGACUUUGUCAAGGACCCUAUUCCUGAAACUGCGCUUGAGGGGCUAUGGAAAAGAUUGUUGGAAGAAACCGCUCCUCUGAUCAUUUGGAAUCCAUAUGGGGGAAUGAUGAGCAAAAUAUCAGAGUCAGCAAUACCCUUCCCGCAUAGAAACGUUCUCUUCAAAAUUCAGUAUUUGACUACAUGGCAAGGUGCAAAUGAAAACGAGGCAAAGCACAUAAAUUGGAUUAGGAAGCUGUACACCUACAUGGCACCUUAUGUAACAAAGUCCCCAAGGCAAGCAUACGUGAAUUACAAGGAUCUUGAUUUGGGGAUAAACAAGAAAAAGAACACUAGCAUCGCUGAAGCAAGUGCAUGGGGUAACAGGUAUUUCAAGGGCAACUUUAACAGAUUGGUAAAGAUUAAAACCAAAGUUGAUCCUCAAAACUUCUUCAGGCAUGAACAGAGCAUCCCACCUCUUGCGCUCCAGGCAAGAAAAACCAGAACCUAGUUAUAAUGGUAAUAACACAGUAAGAGUCAGCUCAGACUGUUGUGUUUUUUUUUCUCUCUUUCCUUAAAUAAUAAUCACUUUGGCAAGAUAGCAAGAAUAGCCAAAACAUGGGGUGAGUAGAGACUAACUACUCACCAAACCGAAGGCCUCAGCAUCCAGUUUUCGGCUAGUCUUGAAAUUUUGUUCAAAGGAUAUUUAUUUCAAGAGUAAAGUUUUGCUAGUUUUGAGAAACCUCAAGGCCUUGAUUGGUUUUCAAAGUAUGUACUUUGUUAAAAUAAUUCUCAAAUAACUGAGGAAAGCUUAGUCUUAGCAUUCAAUUGUAAUGUAACAUUG